GCCGGCCGGCCGCCCGCCACCCGCCGAGGCCUCCGCCGCGGCGAGGCGCCCGCCCGCCCCGCUCCUGUCUCUUUAAGUGGUGGGGCCAACGGGCCGCCCCUGCAGCUGCUGCCCGGGUGGCCCCGCGCGCCGCUUUUGAGGGGCGAACCAAGAUGGCGGCGGCUUUGGCUCGGUGAGGAAGACGGAAGAGGCGGCGGCGGCGCAGGGAGCGCGGCUUCCAGCAGCCCGAGGCGCUCGGACGCCCGGGGAGGGCCGGGGGGCCGGCCUCCGCAGCUGUCCACAGAGCGGCGGCAGCGCGCCGCGGCACGAGCGGGCGCCAGGCGGCCCCGGACGUUGGAAACCGCGGGAGCAGAGCGAAGCCGCCGGCGCCGCGGUGGCAAGGCCAGGUACAAGGAAGGAAAACAUGGCGGCGGCGGCGGCCUGAGGAGGCGGCGGCGGCGCGGGAAGCGGCUCGGCGGAGAUGAUGGCGGAGGCGGGAGCCGGGCGGUGUUAGAGCCGAGCCCGGAGGUCCUGCGGCGGCCGGGCGGGAGGCUCGGAAGCGCUGCGCGCCCCGCGACUCGGGGCGGCCGGGGGCUCGCCGGGCCUGGACAAUAGCAGCCCGGGAGUGCGGGGGGAGGCGGCGGCCCGGAGCUCGGGACAUGCGGCAGUGAGGCCGGGGAGCCCUCUGCUUGCGGGCGCCCUCCCGCCUCUCUCCGGGGACCCCCCCACCCCAUCUUCCCAAGCCCUUUUCCUGGGCGACUGCAGCGGGGCCCCCGGCCUCUUCCCUCCCCGGGCGGCACCAUGACGGACACCCGGAGGCGGGUGAAGGUCUACACGCUCAACGAGGACCGGCAGUGGGACGACCGGGGCACCGGGCAUGUGUCGUCCGGCUACGUGGAGCGGCUGAAGGGCAUGUCCCUGCUAGUCAGGGCCGAGAGCGACGGUUCUCUACUUUUAGAGUCCAAAAUAAAUCCUAACACUGCAUACCAGAAACAACAGGACACUCUGAUUGUGUGGUCUGAAGCAGAGAAUUAUGACUUGGCCCUAAGCUUUCAAGAAAAAGCUGGAUGCGAUGAAAUUUGGGAGAAAAUAUGUCAGGUUCAGGGAAAGGACCCUUCUGUGGACAUCACACAAGACCUUGUGGAUGAAUCUGAAGAGGAGCGAUUUGAUGACAUGUCAUCACCAGGUUUAGAGUUGCCAUCUUGUGAAUUAAGUCGCCUUGAGGAAAUUGCGGAACUUGUGGCAUCAUCUUUACCGUCCCCCCUUCGUCGUGAGAAACUUGCACUGGCACUGGAAAAUGAGGGUUACAUUAAAAAGCUCUUAGAGCUUUUUCACGUAUGUGAGGAUUUGGAAAAUCUUGAAGGACUGCACCACUUGUAUGAAAUUAUCAAAGGCAUCUUCCUCUUGAAUCGGACUGCUCUUUUUGAAGUUAUGUUUUCUGAAGAAUGUAUAAUGGACGUCAUUGGGUGUUUAGAAUAUGAUCCUGCUUUAUCACAACCACGAAAACACAGGGAAUUUCUGACCAAAACAGCCAAGUUUAAAGAAGUAAUUCCCAUCUCAGAUCCUGAGCUAAAACAAAAAAUUCAUCAGACGUACAGAGUUCAGUAUAUACAAGAUAUGGUUCUGCCCACCCCUUCAGUCUUUGAGGAGAACAUGCUGUCAACACUUCACUCCUUUAUCUUUUUCAAUAAGGUAGAAAUUGUUGGUAUGUUACAGGAAGAUGAAAAAUUUCUGACGGAUUUGUUUGCACAAUUAACAGAUGAAGCAACAGAUGAGGAAAAGAGACAAGAGCUGGUAAACUUCUUAAAAGAGUUUUGUGCAUUUUCUCAAACGCUGCAACCUCAAAACAGAGAUGCUUUUUUCAAGACUUUGUCAAACAUGGGCAUAUUACCUGCUCUAGAAGUCAUCCUCGGCAUGGAUGAUACACAGGUGCGAAGUGCUGCCACUGAUAUAUUCUCAUACUUGGUUGAAUAUAAUCCUUCCAUGGUACGAGAGUUUGUCAUGCAGGAGGCACAACAGAAUGAUGAUGUAAGUAAGAAGUUAACAGAGCAAAAAAUAACCAGCAAGGAUAUUCUCCUCAUCAACCUCAUUAUAGAACAUAUGAUUUGUGAUACAGAUCCUGAGCUUGGAGGAGCAGUCCAGCUCAUGGGCCUGCUUCGGACCUUAGUUGACCCAGAGAACAUGCUAGCCACUGCCAAUAAAACAGAAAAGACUGAGUUUCUGGGUUUCUUCUACAAGCACUGUAUGCAUGUUCUCACUGCGCCUUUACUAGCAAAUACGACAGAAGACAAACCCAGUAAAGAUGAUUUUCAAACUGCCCAGCUAUUGGCACUUGUGUUGGAAUUGUUAACAUUUUGUGUGGAGCACCAUACCUACCACAUAAAGAACUAUAUUAUUAAUAAGGAUAUUCUCCGGAGAGUGCUGGUUCUUAUGGCUUCGAAGCAUGCUUUCUUAGCAUUAUGUGCCCUUCGUUUUAAGAGAAAGAUUAUUGGAUUAAAAGAUGAGUUUUAUAACCGCUACAUAAUGAAAAGUUUUCUGUUUGAACCAGUAGUCAAAGCAUUUCUCAACAAUGGAUCUCGCUACAAUCUGAUGAACUCUGCCAUUAUAGAGAUGUUUGAAUUUAUUAGAGUGGAAGAUAUAAAAUCCUUAACCGCUCAUGUAAUUGAGAAUUACUGGAAAGCACUGGAAGAUGUAGAUUAUGUACAGACAUUUAAAGGAUUAAAACUGAGAUUUGAACAACAGCGAGAAAGGCAAGAUAACCCCAAGCUUGACAGUAUGCGUUCCAUUUUGAGGAAUCAUAGAUACCGAAGAGACGCUAGAACACUAGAGGAUGAGGAGGAGAUGUGGUUCAACACCGAUGAAGACGACAUUGAGGACGGGGAAGCUGUAGUGUCUCCCUCUGACAAAACGAAAAAUGAUGAUGAUAUCAUGGAUCCAAUAAGUAAAUUCAUGGAGCGGAAAAAAUUAAAAGAAAGUGAAGAAAAGGAGGUGCUGCUGAAAACGAAUCUUUCUGGACGACAAAGCCCAAGUUUCAAGCUUUCCCUGUCCAGUGGAACCAAGACUAACCUCACCAGCCAGUCAUCCGCAGCAAGUCUGCCCGGCUCCCCAGGGUCGCCCGGCUCCCCCGGCUCUCCAGGCUCUCCUGGAUCCGUCCCUAAAACCACAUCUCAGACGGCAGCUAUUACUACCAAGGGAGGACUUGUGGGGCUGGUAGAUUAUCCUGAUGAUGAUGACGAUGAUGAUGAAGAUGAAGACAAGGAAGACACGCUACCGUUGUCAAAGAAAGCAAAGUUUGAGUCCUAAUCACAGCAACUGCCUAGAUUGGCACCUGUUGAAAAACUGGUUCUGUAGCCCUCCCCCCCAUGAGGUCCACAAGCAGGUGCAGUGGUCUCUGAGUGACUGACCGGGUCAGCCUCCACGCCCGGCUUCUGCUCAUCAAGUGCCAAUACCAUGGAGCAGGAGGAGGGGAGAGGAGUGCGUGUAGGAGAAAGACUUGAUGCCUGUGAGCUCUCCAGCUGGACCGCAUUGCCCUUUUCUCAGGGAAGGAAAUGGAAACAAAAAGCCAACAGGGCAGGGGUUUUGUAAGUUGAACUCUGCAUUGACUGGUCAGUUGCUACAAUCAGAACAUGCUUUCUUGGACCAUGUUUAAGACUUGGAAGAAUGGGCCUUCAGCCGUGAUUCUUCAAGAGUUAAGAAUGCCAGCAGUUUCUUUGUGUAAAGAGACCUGCCUUCAAAAUCACACGCUCUGGACAUUUUAGUCAAAAUCACACAUUCUGGACAUUUUAGUCAAGCUACAACAGGUUUGGAAAACCUCUGUGGGGGAGGGAUGAAUAUAAAGUUUCCUCUUUUUUAUCUGUUCCCUUUGCCCUUCAACUGCAGAUUUUUUUUUUAAGUGGGGCUUCGUCCCUGCUUGAUUAAAGAUUGAGUGGAAUUCUA